UUUCGCUGUUUUCGUGGUCGUCAACUAUGCUGCGUCGCGUAUCAAGUGUAAAAUGUUCAAUUUCCAAUUAAUUUAUAAACAACAAGUAAAAAAUUAGAAAUACAGAAAAAUCGUUUCGCCAGUGAGUUAGUGAAAGAGUGUAAAACAAAUAUUUUCGUGCGAAGUGAAUUUGUAAUAAGUCAUUAAAUUUUCUGUUUCAAAUUUAUUUGUGUUGUUCUUUCUCUCGACCAUCGCGAAUUGAAGUGUCGAAUGUUGAAAAGAAAGAUAUUCGUGUGCCAAAUAUAGUUUUUAAAGUCUAAAUGUGUAAAAUUAAUAAAGUUGCAUACGUGUGUAGUGUAUGGUUUCCGUCCUUCACUUUCUUUGUUUCUCUGCCUCGAACUCGCACUUUUGCUGCUGCGUUAACUCCUUAUAAAGCGGAACUUCGUGGAGCUAGUGGUGCGCGAAGCUAAAUGUGGAAUUCCAACUCUACGGAGUUGUCAAUGUUGUAUUGUUAUUUCAAUAUUUGACACGUAUUACAUACGUAUAUUUUGUAUCGCUAAUAUAGUUGGACUUUUUCUGAGAAUUUGAUGCGUCGAAAUAUGCAACGACGUUAUUAAAGAUGCACAAGCUCUUCUAAACAUUAGUAUCAAAGGACGUGUGAGAAUAUAUUAAAAGAAGUCUAGUGUAAAAUAACAAUAAAAAUCACCAUAUUCACAUAUGUAGUUAUUCGACUAGUAGAUAACGUUUUCGUUAAAAACAUUGGCAGAAAUUAUAAAAUUGGUUUGGUAUUGUGAUAUCAAUUUGCAAAGGAAGCCAGUAGACCGAUGAAGUGUUAUUUUACAGUGUGCAAAUUUUUUAAGCUGAUCGCCUCAACUACGAAGAGUGACGAGCAGGUGGUGGUAAAAGCACUUUUUUCGUUAACAAACGUAUACAAGAUUUAUUGAAGUGUCGCGCGGUUGCUAUUUUGGUUAAAUAUCGAAUGUUGUUUCUGCUAUAGUAUGAAUCAGACCGUGGCAAUAAAUUCUAUCAUACAUUUGUUGAUAUUCACUUUUUUCCACAGUGUUGAUCUAUAACUUGUGUUAUCCCAUAGUUUGCGGAGCUUUAGGUGAAAAUAUUAAUAAAAAAGAAGAAACAUCAUAAGUGAAAGAUAAUAAAUUAACAAUAUUUAAUAAUACGUUUAAUUAAACUAUAUGAUUAUAAAAAUUACCAAAUAAUAUAUAUAAAUUAUACACUGAGUGGUCAGAAGGCUCCUCAACUUUGGAGCUUCUAAGACAGCUACGUCAUUAUACUCAAAAGCAACAAUAUGGCACACGCCCACCAUAACGCUGCUAAUCUGCUCAGUUCAGAUAUAUCACGGCGUAAUCCACAGGACGAAUACGAGCUCAUACAGAAGAUCGGUUCAGGCACAUAUGGUGAUGUUUAUAAGGCGAAGCGCAUACAGAGCAAUGAAUUGGCCGCAAUCAAAGUCAUCAAGCUCGAGCCCACCGAUGACAUACAAAUCAUCCAGCAGGAGAUCAUUAUGAUGCGCGAUUGUCGGCACAAAAACAUCAUCACAUACUAUGGUUCGUAUCUGCGACGCGACAAAUUGUGGAUCUGCAUGGAGUACUGUGGCGGUGGUAGCCUGCAGGACAUCUACCAGGUGACGGGACCGCUGUCCGAACAACAAAUCGCCUAUAUGUGCCGUGAAACAUUGAAGGGACUCGAGUACCUGCACACGAUGGGCAAAAUGCAUCGUGACAUCAAGGGCGCCAACAUCCUGCUUACCGAACAGGGUGACGUCAAGUUGGCCGAUUUCGGUGUGUCUGCGCAGAUUACCGCCACGAUCAACAAGCGGAAGAGCUUUAUCGGUACACCAUAUUGGAUGGCGCCUGAGGUGGCCGCCGUGGAGCGCAAGGGGGGCUACAAUCAAUUAUGUGAUAUAUGGGCGGUCGGCAUAACGGCAAUUGAACUUGCCGAACUCCAACCGCCAAUGUUCGAUUUGCAUCCAAUGCGAGCGUUGUUCCUAAUGUCGAAGAGCGGUUUCAAACCGCCCACAUUGAGCAACAAGGAGAAAUGGAGCACUACAUUUCACAAUUUCUUGAAGACGGCGCUGACGAAGAAUCCGAAAAAGCGUCCGACCGCCGAAUGUCUGCUAAAACAUCCGUUCGUGCAGGGCGACAUGGCGGUGCGUGUGGCCAAAGAGUUGCUGCAGAAGUUCUUGAGUCCUAAUCAGCAAUUCUAUUACUACUUGGACGGAGAGGAGGAGACUGUCGCCAGCGUACCACAACGAAUAGCAAGUAAAAUGACAUCAAGGCCAAAUGGUAUUUCACCGCAGAAUCACACUUUGAAAACAGGCAUGACAACGAAUUCGCAGUGGAAUGAUCGCUCAUCUAGUCCCGAAACUUUGCCCAGCGACAUUCCUUUAGCUACAGUGCGGCGCCAAAAACUCACCGGUACUUUGAUUAUGAACAUGUCCUUAAGGAGCCUCUUACAGUAUAUUGAUGAGGAGCUAAAGCUAAGAGCCACCCUGCCGUUGACCGACACCAAAGACUUGCUUAGCACUGAAUGCCACUGCGUGCACAAUGGCGGUAACGGUAAUGGAAAUGGCAAUGGCAACGGCAACGGCAAUGGUAAUGGUAUUGAAAACGGUGGCGUCGGCGGAGCCAACGAUGUCGCAGCGCCAUCCGCGCCUGACGACGUCAGCAGCAGCUCCGCAAACUCCGCGACGCCAUCGACCGCUGCAACAGUGAAUGGUGGCGACGGCGUUAACUCGGUGAGUGGCGCGAGCGGCUUAGGCCAUUCGAUGUCGGCCUACUUGGGACUGAAUUUCGGCUUCUCUAAUAUGCGCACAACGUCGGUUGAUGCCGCGGUCAAUAACGCCAACCAUGACAGCGAUGCGCGGCACCACCACCAACAGCAGCAGCAACAACAACAGCCACAUUAUCACCAUCAUCAUCAUCAUCAUUACAUGCACUACACCAACAACAGUAACAGUAAUAGCAACAGCAACACCAAUGGCGGUCCCAACGGCAGCAAUAUAAACUCGCGCUCGACCAGCGCCACUGGUCUCUCGGCGUCCACAUCCAGCAACUCGUAUGGCACGGCUGUUGUGACGCCGGCAAAACUGAAUGGCCAAUCGCAGUUCACGUCAUUGUCCUCGUCCUUGUACAAUCCGCUGGACAAUUUGAGUUGCGACAGCGGUGGCGGCGGCGUCAGCGGUGGUGGUGGAGGCGGUAGCUUUGGCUUCGGCUUAGGCGGUAGUGUUAGUGGUACUAAUGGUGGCGGGGGAAGUGGUGUUGGUAUGAUAGGUAUUGGCAUUGAUAGGAGUAACGGUGGUAGUGUUGGUAGUGCUGGUGGUUUUGGUGGUGUUGGUGGUGGUGUCGGCAGUGUUGGCGCUUCCCCAUCGCCAUCGUCAUCCUCGUCCGCGUUUGCUCGUGAUGUGCUUAUGCAUUCCUCUGCUUCCACGUCACAUUUAUUCACUAAUUUGCUGCGUAAUAAUGGCGCCAAUUAUUUUAAUAGCAACACUACGGUGACCGAUUCGACAACAACUAGUGCAUCCGCAGCAACGGCAUCGUCAUCGGCAACUGGUUCGGCCAUCUCAACCGGCGCAGCGGCCCCGUUGUCCGGAGAUUGUACGCCCACCUCGGGGCAAGCGAUUGGCGGCAGCAACGACAGUAAUUGUGAUUAUCGGCAUGAGAGUAACCAGAAUGGUCUAGAGGACUCACCACGUCGCCAUAGCUCAAUGGAUCAGCUGAUUGGUCUGCUCAAUGACAUGGGCAAGUCAUCGAGGACACGCAGCCUCAGUGACGGCGGCACUCAAGAGGACGAAGUGGAGAAAGAAGCGCAACCGGAUCUGCUCAACAAUACGCCUCCCGUGCCUCCGAAACGCUCUCAUCGUCGUCGUCACACCCCGCCACGCCCCAUCUCCAAUGGUCUACCGCCCACGCCCAAGGUACAUAUGGGCGCAUGCUUUUCGAAGAUCUUCAAUGGUUGUCCACUGCGCAUACACUGCACAGCCUCGUGGAUCCAUCCCGAAACGCGCGAUCAGCAUCUGCUUAUCGGGGCCGAUGAGGGCAUCUUCAAUCUAAACAUGAACGAGCUGCACGACGCCGUCAUCGAUCAACUGUUCCCGCGUCGCACCACCUGGCUGUAUGUGAUUAAGGACGUACUCAUGAGUCUAUCAGGCAAAUCUUGUCAAUUAUACCGACACGAUCUGAUCGCGUUACAUUCCAAGCAGACACAUCGCUUCUCGCUGCACAUGAACAAAAUACCCGAAAGACUGGUCCCGCGCAAGUUCGCACUCACCACAAAGGUUCCGGACACCAAGGGCUGCACCCAAUGCUGUGUAACACGCAACCCCUACAACGGCUACAAGUACUUGUGCGGUGCCACGCCCAGCGGCAUAUUCCUCAUGCAAUGGUACGAUCCGCUGAACAAAUUCAUGCUGCUCAAGCAAUGCGAAUGGCCGGCAUCGAGCAUACUGGGCGGUGGACACGGGUGUGUACUGAACGGCCACACACCUGUCUUCGAGAUGAUCAUAACGCCAGAGCUAGAAUAUCCUAUCGUAUGCACGGGCGUACGAAAGGCGCUCAACGGCUGCUUGAAGCUCGAGCUGAUCAACAUGAAUAGCGCCAGCUGGUUCCAUUCGGACGAUCUGGAUUUCGAUGCCACGGCGACAAUGGUGCCGCGACGGGACCUGUUGAAGGUGGUGAAAGUGCACCAGGUCGAAAAGGAUGCGAUUCUGGUCUGCUAUGGCAACAUCAUACAAGUCGUCACGCUGCAGGGUAACCCCAAACAACACAAGAAAUUGGUGUCGCAACUCAAUUUCGAUUUCAGUGUGGAUAGCAUAGUUUGUCUACCCGAUAGCGUAUUAGCAUUCCACAAGCACGGCAUGCAGGGCAAGUCGUUGCGCAACGGCGAAAUAACGCAGGAGAUCAAGGACAUGAGUCGUACAUAUCGACUGCUCGGCUGUGAUAAAGUCGUCGCUUUGGAGAGUCAAUUGCUGCGCACCGGUUCGCUGGGCAGCGAGGAGGGACAUGAUCUUUACAUUCUAGCCGGCCAUGAGGCCAGCUAUUAAUUAACUAUAUAAUUAUAAAAAUUAUAAAAGGUAAAAAUGCAAUUAACUAUGUAAAGCAAGUGAAACAAACUAUUCUGUUUAACUACAAAAACAGAAAAAGAAAACUAAAAAGAAAAAAUUCAGCAAACUGACUUACAUAUACAUACAUAAACGAGUAUAAAAAGAUGUGAAAUGAAAUGAGCAUGUGAAAUGAAUGUCGAUAAAUUUGAGAAUAAGUAACUGUAACGGUAGCAUAAAACUUGCAAAGCUAUUGUAAUCUUACUAAAUUUUUGGUAUAAAAUCAUAUUAAUUAUAAGCUUUUUCUAGCGUCGUCCUCCGUUUCUUUUAAAAAUCACACACAAAAAUAAAGUGAGUGUGAAAGCGCGAAAAAUAUUUCAAGGAAUAUACGCUGCGCCAAUGCCAAAGCGUUUUGAGAUUAAAUGCAGACAAUAUGCAUUUUUAUACAGUGUGUACAGUUCAAGCAGCUCCAAGUCAAAGUAGAGCCAUUUAAACGAAAAGGAAAUUGUAAAUAAACGGGAUUUCAAUAAUUUUAAUGGUUGCGCAACACUUGCGUGCAAAAAAAAAACAAAAUUAUUUGUAUAUACAAGCUGCUGUAUCGCUUAUGUAUGCCGUUAUAUUUUAUAUUGCAACAUGAUUUUAAUUUUAUUAUAAUAUUAGCUGCAAUACAUGUAACUUCACUUAGAUUGUACUAGACUACUACACUGGAAUGCAUAUAUGAAUCUACUUUAAGAGCAUAUUUUAUAGAUUUUCACGGUAUUUGAAUACAACGUAUUAUAAACGAAAUGGCAGAGCAUUGAAUAAACAUCAAAGUGAUUGAUUGAUUGAUUGAUUGUUAUGAAAUACAUUCUUGAGAGUUUGAAACAUAAAACACUGCGAACAAUUAGGUUAAUCAAGUAAAUUAUGAAGUAUCUGAUAUUGCUUACAAUUUUUAGUAUAAACAAAAAGAAACAAAAUAAAUAAGAAAUAUAAAAAGCAACUGAAACAACUAAAUUUACGAUCACAGGCACAUAAACAA